CUCGACCAUGCCCGCCCUUCUACGCUCCCAAUUCACGGCCACUCCAACCGCAAUGCGAGCGCCCAUUUCUUCCGUUGUUGCUUGUUUCCAGUAAUUGUUCCCAGCAUAGCCAUGGUGUUUUCCACGUCCAAGCUCCAGUCUCUUUCCAUCCGCCCGCCAACGCCUCCAAAAGAUCUCCAGGACAACGACCACGAAAUCCUCGACUUUCUAGACGACCCCUUCGGCACCAAGGCCCCCGUCGCGAAGGUCAUCGCGGCCAAAUCGCUCCUGAACACGCCUGAGCAGUCGCCGUCGUCGGGGAGCGACCUCUCCUCGAGCUCGACCAGGAGAAAGAAGCGGGUCAACUUCGAGCUGCAGAUAUGCACCAUACCCGAAGGCUCUCCCACCGAACAGCUUUGGACCCCUCGCCAUAGCUCGCCGCUUCGCCCGCUGCCUCAGACACGCGUCUCCAAGCCAUUGAAGUCGAUCCUCAAGCCCUGCGACGCAACAUCUACCCCACCUGCAGCUGACGGGGGCGCUGCUGCAUACCAGUUCAAGUCGUUCGCCGAAAUGCUCGAGUCUAUAGUGAAGCAGCUGGCUUCACCGGCCCGGUCUUCGAGGUUCGAUGCCUACCAUUCGUUGCAGCGGACCAUGCAAGCCUACGAGAAGAUACCAGACACGCAGGCCUUGGUGGACAAGAUGGGCCUCUUGAUGCAGUUCAUACGGCGGGAUAUGCAGGCUAUUGGGGUCAACGGUACAGGGCUGGACUCGCAGCUCAUCGGGCAGGCGCUGAAGUUCCUCAUGGCUCUCGUCCGCAUACCUGCGGUACGAUCGGCUAUGGACGACGACUUCUGCUCGUUCAUUGUCGACCGCACCAUCCAAGUCGCCGCAGAUGCCGAAAUGCCGAAGACCAUAGUGAACACGCACCUUGCCCUGCUCAUGCAGCAGAAUUUCCGACCCAAGACCAUGACCAUCGCGCGCGUGGAGAGGAUUCUAGAUGUGCUCGACGGCAUCCACGAGCGCGUCUCUGGCUAUUCCGUUCUCGCCUACCGUAUCCGGAUCUACAGGAAGUUCAUCCAGCAACGACCCGACAUAAUGACCAAGCACACAGAACGAUGGUUCAAGAACACUGCCAAAGCUCUGCUUGCAGGCCAGAAGGAUAUCAAUCAGAGCGCGCUGGACACGGCCCUCUCAGCAGCGAAAGCCAUUGGUACUGACCGACACGUGGUAAAAUCGGUUCUCUCCAUCCUGAAUCGUCAGAAGAGUGAUGGAGAGACCUUCGCGAACGUCAUGGCGAAAGAGCUUGAGAAGAUGCUAGGCUCCGAAAACCCAGUCAUAGUACCUCAGAUCUGGUCCGCUGUGACUUCCUUGCUGCUGGGCUCCUUGCAAGGCCAUAUGUUCAUUGCCAUGGGCGAUUGGCUCAAGGUUUUCGAGAAAUGCCUUUCUUCGCCCAACGAUCUCGUCAAACUCCACACCAACAUCGCCUUUGGGUUUCUUCUUUACACGGUAAACAUUUCAGAGGACACACCCGGCAACUGGUCCAAAAUGUUUGCGAGCAUACCUCUGCACCAACUGCAGCGGCGGGGUCCAUGGAAGAAAACUGAGCGGGAAGCUGCGACUUCGGGCUAUUUCACUCUGCUCUAUUACGCGUUUCGACCUCUUGCAUCUCAGAAGCAGCUCGACCGAUACUGGACCCAGUUUGUCGCCGACUUCUGGAAUCCUCUAGUGCAUUCGUCGUCUCUGACGCACGCAUUUGCGGCCUGCCGUGUCGUCUCUGCGCUUCUCCAGGGUUCUAGGAAGCCUUGGAACGAACAGCGAGCUCUUGAUCUCAGACCUCAUGCCAUGGUCCAGCGCGAAGAACUACCACUGCUGGAUCCAAAAUGGGUUCGAAAGUCAUUGUCACUGGUCCUCAAGUUUGUCGAAACACUCCUAGACGCUACUCCAUGGGCCCCAGAUGAGAUUAAGGACGAACCAGUGAAGACAAUGUGGUUGUCUCUCCUAAACUCCUUGAUCGAAGCAAGCAGCAAAGAAGUGAUGGCCUCAACCGAGUCGAAGGAUGCCAUGGCUCACAUUGUCAACCUGUUGCGCAGAGUGUGGGACCGACACGCAGCACAACUGGCACUUUCUCAGCAGACGGAAGACAAUUGGGCAGAUAAAUUCUGCUUCCUGCUAGAAACCGUUGUUCAAAAGCUGGGGGCGCUCCAUUUUGCAGACAAAUGUCUCAUGCGGAAUGGUGAGGAUGAAUUUGAAGUCGCCUCCACGCCCUCUCAUCGAUCCCGCCAACAAGGACCUCGGAUCUCCCCUCUCCUUUAUUUUGUCGAUCUACUUGUCAAUCAGUCCGAGGGAAAGCUUUCUGACUCCGUGCGACUGCGAGCUAUGAAGCUGCUCAUUGAACCUUGCUUGGAGUCUCAGAACACCCGCCUAAGCAGGCUCGAGCUGCUUCGGGACUGUUCUGCUGUUGUGGACCCCUCAUCAAGAGCCAUGGUCACUUUCAACUUCUGGGCCCAAAUCGCCAACCUAACGAAAGCGUGUAUUCAGGAGCAGCCAUCCGAUUCCAAUGAGCGCGUGUCGCGUCAGCUUGGAAGGGAAUAUGACGUGAUUGUUGAGAUCCUCUCCUCAGGCUCCUCCUACCUUCUGAACCGUCCUCGCGGCCAAGAAGUUUUGGUGUCCUUCGCAGAUACCGUACGACGCGAAGCCGGCGAGGGUGCACUCGUUCUCGCUGUGAUCGAGAAAGUCUCUGAGUGCGUCGUUAACCGGGCUCCCGAAGAGGACAAGGCUGCCUGUCUGCCCUUCGUAAGCAUACUACUCAGGAACCGACCUAAGAUCAUCGUCCGACGGACCAUUGAGCAAGGGCGACAGAAUCUGUGGCCAUCAUCACCCAACCCAGGGCGAAACCCGGACUUUGAUCCCUACAACCACCUCUACGCCGCUGUCGUAUCCGUCAGCGCAGCAGCUUAUCGGGAGUGUGGCGGAGAAGAUAUCGAUAAGGUCCGAGACUUACUGUCGGCGAUGGUAAACUCUAUUCACCAAUGUCCCAUUGCUCUGCUUGCUGUCUACUUGCGGAAGAUCCAGGAAGCGAUACGUCUUUGGGUUGAGGACCCAGAUCGGAAACUGCAGAAGAAGGACGAACAGAUCAAGGUCCUACACCUCCAGGUUGUCUCUCUGUGGAAGGAAGUGUGUGCUGCAAUUGAGAGACUACCUCGGAGGGAUAGCCAGAUCCUCCUGCAUCUGGAAUCCUUGAUCACCCCUGGCUUCCUGAGCCGGCGACGCGGUAUAGUUAACAUGUCCGUUGCCACUUGGAACGCGACUUUUGGCAAGGAAGAAACUCUGUCAUAUCCGGCGCGGCUUGAAGAAAUCCUGAGGCGACUUCGAAACACGGUCGAGCUAUCGCUUCCCUCCUUGGAGGUUCGGGAUGAGGGCGCUACUACUGAACCUUCCUUCUACGACUCGGACGAUAGUGCGGUGGUCUCUGGUCACCAUCUGCAAAGUCCACGUGUGAAGGAAUCACCCUUCAAGAUUGUCAAGUCCACUCGCAAAUCUCGCUCUCCAGCGCUCUCAAGCACAAGUAGCAGAAGGAUAGCGCCUCGCCCAACCCCUAAGGUCCGCCUUCGACACGACAACUCACAGAUACAGUUUGAACCAAUUGUCUCCUCGCCAACUGAUCCCUUCAACCAAGAGUCUCAGAUCUUAACCGAACGACAGAAGGAGAUGAUUGAACGGCAAGGGAUAACCAGGAGCCUCUUCGCAAACAUGGGCUCUACUUCUUCGCCUUCGCGUCCAGAAGCAGCUAUGUCCAUGCCGUCUCCUCUGGAACUGCACUCAGAUCCUCUGAGCGUCGAUGACUUGCCGACCGAGAAGUCCCGAACUCCUCUGAAGACCUUACCCUCUUUGGGUCCCAUGGACGUCUUCCUCGGAUCUUCACCAACGCCCCAGGCGCGCAAUCGCAGCCAGCAGGUUGUUAGCGAUGGCACCAGCGUGGCUACACCAACCGCCAUGCGUACGGUCCGACUCCAACCCCAUGCGGAAGAGCUUGGUUCUUCGCCACCUAGGUUUCAAAGAGACCCGGAUGCCCAGGCCGCGGCUACCAAGAGCAACGAUACUACUGAGAACAUCGUGAGCGACAGUUUUGAAUACAGACAGCCCGAGAGAUCUUAUUCUAUCUCGUUUGAUGAUGGAACUACUGCCAACGAACAUGUAUUGUCUAGCGUCCUUGGCGCCGAUACACCGGGCAAGGAAGCCGUCCAGGACGUGUUCACAUCCGAGGCCGACGCGUCCGAGAUGCCAAGCUCAACGAUUGACUUGCAGCUCACGGCUCAAAUUGAUGCGGACAUCCAGGCUCAGAUGAAAGCUGUCGCCAACAGACAGUCCGAGGAUGCAGUCGGAGAAUCUGAAAGCGUCUUUGUUGAUGCAGCUUCUCAUCAGCUGCCAGAAAAGACUGUUGAAUUUCAUGCUAGAAGUGACACGGAAGUCGAUGAUACACAACCUCUCCUGCCGGCCCCUGUUGAGAAGCAACCUUUGGCAUCCGGAACCAGCAGCACAAGUCGAGUGGGCGACUCUUUCUCAAGCCAAGUGGCCGAGACUGAGACCUCACAAAUCCAACAGCUUCGCCGCUCCGCCCGACACUCGGCAACUUCUAGCCUCUCCCGGCCGGCCAGCGUAAAGAAACGUCGAGGUUCUACGGGUCGUGGCCUAGGCAGGCCCAAGAAGAUCAAGGCAGAAGAUGCCGAAGAAGAGCCUGUGCGAUCACUAUCACAGUCUAUUCCAGACGCCGAUGGUAUGUUUGACAACAUUGUCGUCGCAUCACCGGCGGCCAGCCAGGCUCCCACAAGGAAGACUAGGAGCAGCUCGCAAGCCCGGAUUGACAGUGACGUCGUUGUUCCGGAAACGACUCGGAAGCGAGGUGUCCGCCGUUCAGCCUCACUUCUGAGCCAUGUCGAAACUCAUUCACAAGAUGUCGUAGUCGACGAUACACCAGCACUCAAGAGGGCCCGACGAAGCAACAACCAAGACGUCAGCGAAGCGAAGACGUCGCCGCCCAAGGAAUCUCGAGCUGCACAGGUCAAGCGCCUCAAGCACGUCCGAGUUACGCCGAAGCGUUCCUUCGAAGCCUCGUCAUCCGUUCGUGCCUCCUCGGCUGCAGCCGGGGAGAAACGAAACGCAGGUCAGCAGGCAGCUGGCGAGCCCGUGCCUCCCGUGGGCGAGCAGAAUGCAAAUGUUGCACAGCAGCCGGUGGCAGCCGCUCGUGAAACGGAACAUUCGCAGCAGGCAUCUGCCGUGAGCACGCCGAGCCGUUCCUUCACUGAGCGCGUCAUUCUCACACCGCGGAGCAUUAUCAAUCAGCUCAAGCACCUAAAGGAUGCCUUGUUUAGGAGCUCGCAGCUAGUGCUAGGCAGGCAGGAGGAAAGGGAGAUCGACGACGCGCUGUUCGACAUCAGGCGCGAAGUGCACGCCGCAGGACGCCGCGGAGAGCACGAUCAGUAAGCUAGUGGUAUUGCUCAAUGUAUUGAAGACUGGAGGGACUUGGAUUACAAAAUGCGGUGGAUCGUGAUACCGUUGGUUAUCUCAAGUUUGCAUCAUCCGAUUCCCGUGCAUACUGAAUUGGUGAGCUAGGCGUAGUGUAGCGAUAUGCUAUCACGGAAAGGACCAGCCGCAGCCAUCUCUAGAAGGAAGCAUCUUUUCCGAUACUCGGCCUGCUUUGAUGUUUGUCUGCCACCAGUUGCAAUUAGCCAUGGUGGAUACGAAUGCGGCUUGAUAUGUGAGAUAUCUGAGUUCUAUUUGCGGCUCCGAUCCAAUGGCCUUGCAUCGGACCGCUUAGGCGAAUGCAAGCCAGGGCUUCACCCG